CUGGCUUUUAAAGGUGACUUCUUUUGAUGUGCCACAUCGGGAGACGUAAUUCUAUCUCCCCGUGCUGCCAUUAAUUGACGCACUAUGACCCUUUCCAUGCCUCACUGACAGACAUGCCUAUCUUAUCCAUCGAAGCCAACUUGCUGUUCACACGAGGGUCAGACAUGUGGCGUUUGGAUAUAUGGCGGACUUCUACUGCCACUCUCCCUUGUGUUCUGUUACAGCCAUGUCCAUCGUCCAGCACUCACCUGCCUCUCGGUACACACCACUCUGCAUGACCAACUCCCCAGUCAAGAUAUACCACACCCACUCCGCUUCGACUGAGUGGAAGUACUACGGACAUCGGGGCAUUUUGGUGUUUGGCCGAGAAAGCUUCGCGACGAAAGACGACGAGUUCUCUUUCAAACUGUUCUUGUGCGACGAGGAGGGUGCAUGGCGAACGUUGUGGAUGUUCAAACUUGACGUGAAGGGGUUCGACUACAAAGUGGACAAUUUACCAAGCUUCCAUUGGUUCCAUGGACUGACGCGAAAAUUUGGGAUCCUGUUCGAAGAUGAUGAGGAUGCUGGCGUGUUCGCGAGAGUGAUAUGUGAACGGAACACAAGAGCGACUGCUUCUCCUGUCUCGUUCGAAAGUGACAGCCGCCGACUGAAGACAAAGACUCUCGGCUCUGCGUCUGUUGUCUCUCUCCAGCUCAACAUAAAACCAAAUCUGAUCCGCCGUUCUUCUAUGGCGGCAAGCAACUUUGGGAAGAAGUCUAUACCCAGAAUAUGGCGAUCGAAACGUUCAUGAUUUGUUGUGUGUUGUCCCGGAGAGCCGUGAAGUUUGGACGCGACUCAUAUACCAUUGAUGUAUGAAGCUCGGUGAGCUAUGUAUGAUGUACCACUACGAUGAAUGCUUUACGGUAAUUUAGCUAUUUAUUACAUACCGUCAAUACGCGUAUGUUAGUGUUAGUGAAAGCUUACCAGUCUAUCCCGUAUCUCUAUCUCUAUUGCUCUAUGUAUAAUUUAUGGUUAAAAUCUCGUCAAGUCUCGCCCGAAUAUCC